AUGCGGCUCGAGUCUAACCUCGGUUUUCUAAUCACGGCUGCGUUCUUUGGUCCGGUCUGGGGUCUCCCAGCAGAAUCAGACGCGACAGUACCACUGGCAACUGAUCCUCUUGCACCCAUACCAGAAGUUCAAUACAUCGAAUUUCCAGUUGAUAGAGCUCCCAUAACUGACAUCACGGACGGCUCCACCGAGAUGGCGCUUUCAGUCAGUGACGACGAGGAUCCGUACACCGUCAGUUGCACUUAUGGCCUAUGGACCUAUUACUACAACUGGAUUCCAGCAGUCACUUCGCUAUGCAGGGACAUCAAAGACAGUCUCGAAAAAGGGUUCCGUGCAUCAUGGGUCAACUCUGACAUUUUGAUUGGCGAGGCCAAAAACUUUUCUUUGAAUUGGGCAAAGACGGGGAACAACUGCAAACAAACCUGCCAGCAAGUGUUCAACAGACUGCAUACCGACCCCGCGUGUCGCGGGGAAGGCUUCUGGAUUAUGGAAAAAGGCAAAAUUACCGUCAAGGGCUGCGGCGAGGGAAACUACCACGUCAACUACGACCUGGAGGCGCCGAUGCUGGACCAUGGGACUGGUCUCUGCUGGAACACACCUGUUCCGCCGACGUACGAGCCCAAGUCCGAUGUUACGCGGCGGUUCUGCGUCGACGCUAUCGAACACGUAUUACGCAAGGGCGAGGAGUUUACGUAUCCUGGAGAGCGGACGGGGUACUACUGGACGGAUUACAACCGCGAAGUUGGGCAACCGGGGAAAGAGACCGUAUACUACGACGUGGGCUUUGUCCAUUACUGGAUCAAAGGGACGCGGAUGGCGAACGUCUGCCGUCCUGGGAAGGAGGUGGCGGAUGCGGUCAAGGAGGUUAAUGUAGAGCAGUGCGUGCGGCAUAUCACUGCGGCUGAGAAACAAGCGUGUGGAGCACCGACCAAGAAGACAUUCGGGGGAAGAAUCUGGGCGGACUGCUUCGAAUGGGGGGUCAAGGCAUCUGGGUAUGAUGGCAUCAAGGAUAAAGUUGAUAGGACUCGGUUUUUGGCUUCCUGA